AGUAUUAUGAUAAAUUUCUAGAUAUUUUUAAAAGAUUUUUCAAUAGAAAAUAACUUCAAAACUUUCUCGAAUCAUCCUAGACGUAGAGGGCAUCGUAGCCCUUAAAAAAAAAAAUAAUAUAUAUAUAUAUAUAUAUCCUCAAUUUUCAUUAAGACCUUUUCAUCUUUAGUUCUUUACAUUUGGUACCGCAAAACUAGCCGUUAUACGGCGCCUCGUACCCACCGACACACACGCACACGCAAAAAAAUAAAUAAAUAAAAAAGGCAGAAGUAGCCGUUGGAACCCCACCACUUUUCUCAACGGUCUCCAUUUCUCACCCCUUCAUAAAUCUCACUCCCUCUCCCACCCUCUCUCAACUGUCUAUUCUCUCCCCCAAUCUUAAUCUUACUGCUGCAAAAUUUAUCCCAUAGCAUUAUUUCCUUGCCUCCUCACACAACCUGCUACCCUUUCUCUCUCUAAAACAUCUUUCUCUCUCUCUCCCCCAAAACUGCAACCAACCCAGGUUGCAGACUCCCCUGUAAACAACUCUCUAAAAGACCUCUCAAUCGAUCCACAACUCGACCCCAAUUUUCAGAACCUCAGAAUCACAACCCCACCAGAAAAGAAUGGGUGAAACCCAAUCGUCCCGAUCCGUUCGUAUCCAGCAACUAUUCCUCUUGAGCAGUUACGUCCUCUUGGGCGCGGCCUCAAGUUGCAUCUUCCUUACUCUCUCUCUCCGCCUCUUCCCCUCCCUCCCCGGAUUUCUACUGAUCCUCCUGCACGCCGCCACAGCGGGGGCGGCUGUCACCGGGUGUGCAGCGGCCGCGACGUCGAAAUGGCACACAUUCCACAUGGUGGCCACCGUUAUGACGGCCAUAUUUGAAGGUGCAGUUUCGGUACUGAUUUUUACAAGGAGCAGUGAGUUUUUGAGGGGGUUAAAAUCUUACGUGAGAGAAGAGGACGGAGUGAUCAUUUUGAGAAUGGCAGGGACUUUGUCCAUUCUGAUGUUUUGUAUGGAGUGGGUGGUUUUAGGGUUAGGGUUUGUGGUGAGAUACUAUGCAGUUGUGGGGGAGGAGAGGGUGAGGACAGGGAAAGUGCAAGAGGAGCCCUUGAAUGAUUGGCCAUGGCCCUUCCAAGUCUAGAGAGACACUGUAGAAAAAUAAUGGUUUCUAGAGAGAGAAGGGGUCUUGGCCUUUCCAAGUCUAGAGAGAGAAGGAAUGGUUUUUUUAAGAGAGAGAUGAUGAGAGUGAAAGGACUUUUGUUUGCUAUUCAAAAGAGGGGUGCAUCUGGAGAGAGAGACAGCGAGAGAGAGAGAUUUUUUUCUGUACGUGUGUAAAGACCAUUGAUCAAAUGUGGUCUGAAAUCCUGUUUAAUUCGUUUAUUCAAUUUCUUUUUGCAAUUUGGAACUCCGGUUCGGAUUAUAUAUGUCUUUGGAUUAUAUAA